CAAAGCCUAGUUGCCCCAUCCUUUCACCCUCCCCUCUUCCCCGGCUUUUCCUUAAUUGACACCACCUCUCAGUCGCCCCCCAUCCGCACAUCCCUACCUCCAUACAAUUCCACACACCUUUGGCUGCUACACCAACUUUCCUCAGUCACACACCCAUACGUUCGCUACACGCCCGCCCCCGGCUCCGAUCUGGUUUCAAUAGCCCGGCCCGUUCCCGACAGGCCAGCCUCAGCUCGACUUUCCAUCCAGUUCCGGAAACCAAGGGCCAACGUCAUUUUCAAGAGCAUCCAGUCGUCACUUCUUUGACCAUGUCCUCCGGGAGCGGGCAUCCCGGUCUGGGCUUUGGCAGCAUUGGCGGCCAGCUCCGUCGACAGUACCAACCGCACAACGUCAACACGGCAUCCUCCAACAAGCCGUCGCCAUCGCUAUCGCAACAACACGCGUCGCCAUACCAGUCCCAGGCCUACGCGUCCCAACACACACAACAUGCUCAGCAGACACCGCAGAGCCAGUACUCGCACCACCUCUACACGACGACGACUCCCCCGAUUCCCAGCGUAUCGACCGUUCAAAAUGCCGCACGACAACCCCAGACACAGAUGCCGCCAGCGAUGCCGCGUCAACGAGCCCCUGCUCCUCGACAAAUGCAGCAACAAGCCAGCACCUUGCCGAGCUAUCUUCAACAAUCGUUGAACCAACAGCCCAUACCUCAACAGCCCUUGACUGCCCAGCAGCUAAGCCAGCAGCCCAUGAGCCAGUCGCUCGGUCAGCAAUCCCUCGGCCAGCAGUCUCUGACGCCAUCGCCCAUGAGCCAAGCGCCGCUGAGCCAGGCCCUUACACAGCAGUCUCUUGCCCAGCAAUCUCUCGCUCAACAGUCGCUCAACCAGCAGUCGCUCAACCAGUCCGUUCAGAAUGACAACUCCAUCUUGUCGCAGCAGUCAACACCACACCCGCCAUCGCAGACAACGUUGCCUCCAGUUCAGCCGCAGAUUUCCCAGGCGCAGCAGGUACAAAAGGUGCAACAAGUGCAGCAUGUACAACAGCAACCAACCCCUCCUCACCCGGAGCCCGCGGAUGCUGCUCAGGAUACCAGUCAUGAUGACGACAUGGAGAUUGGUGGACACCAGGGCGAGUCCGGAGAUGAUGAUGCGAGCAGCUCGAGGAUGAAUGACGGAACGCCUUUUGUUCCACGACAACCACGUGGUUUGAUGAUGUCAGCACCUCCGCAGGGCGGAAGCUUUGAAACCCUGGACGCCAUUCAUAAGCAUGUAUUGGAAUACUGCACUUCGGUAGGCUAUGCCGUGGUCAUUGGCCGAUCGAAAAAGACGGUUCCGGGUCUCAAGAAGGUCUUGUUUGUGUGUGACCGUGCCGGGAAGCCGCCUAAGCGGGUGAGUCCCGAGAUGCGGAAGCGCAAGACGACGUCCCGCAAGUGCGACUGCCCAUUCGGCUUCUUUGCCAUUGAGCAACGCACGCAGUGGACUAUCAGAUACCGCCCCGAUGCCAUCCACCUUCAGCACAACCACGGCCCCAGCGAAAGUCCUUUGUUACACCCCGCUGCGCGGAAGCUGGACAGCAAGAUGGUUGCUGCAGUUAAGCAGCUGAAGGAAAAUGGUGUCGGUGUUACCGAGACGCUCGAGAUCCUCCAGCAAGAUCACCCCCAUGUUCCCCUUCUCCCGCGCGAUAUCUAUAACGCCCGUGCAGCCAUCAACCGUAACCCGCAGAAGGUGGCAACUGGCUUGGCCGAGAACCGGCCCGCGAUUUACAGCAAGCCACAACCGUCAGCCGAGGAGCGUAUCCGUGCGGAUUUGCGCCGGGAGAUUGCCAAGGCAAGAGAGGAGCUCGAGAAGGUCAAGGCAGAAAGUCAAAAAGAAAUUGACGAACUCAAGGCGACACUCAACGAAAAGAACAAGAUUAUCGAAAAGUUUGAACAGUUCAUUGACAUCUGUAACCAACGGGUUAUUGUCAGGCUGAACGAUACCGGCUCGUCAAGUGCUGGGGCAGCGAGCGGAAGCUCUUGAGUAUGAAGAAAGGAUGACAGAGAGACACAGGGAAAAGAGGGAAAUAGAGAGACGAUAGCGUACUGCAAGAGUUAUGCUUGGCCCGAAAAAGUGUUUAUUUUGUUACGAGCAGGGAUUGCUUAUAGGUUAAGGCUCUCGGUGUGUUCAGGGCUCGGUUCAUGGUUUGAAGCAUAGGCGUUAAGGUUCAGCUUUAUUGGUUAUUUUAUGUCCGAGACAAGUUUUCGGUUCGAGUAUCAUGAUGGGACGGCCAGAAGGAAGCGCUGAUGGGUGGUUUAUGGGGACACUGGGAACUUGACGGCCUGAUUCAGCAGUUGAAUGCGCUGAAUUAAGUAUAGACAUUGUUGUUGGGCGAUUGCUCGAAUUGACGCUAGUGUGUUGUCGUUGUCCAGAAGCAAUCCCCCAUCGUUUAC